GAUAUUUUGAGCACAUUUUGUUCAGUAUUAUUUUCUUACCUGAAAAAGCCACAAAAGGCAUUAGAAGCUUUGUGAAAUGUGUGUUGUACAAAAUUAAUAUUGGUUUCUUUAUGUGUGUUGUAUCUUAUACAUUACACAGUUUUAUCAUUUCAGUGCCUAAAAUGAAGCAGCAGUAUCAGACAGAGAAUAGAUUAGGUUGGCUAUAUGGUUUGCUGGCUCUACUAUUGGCGGUCUGCGUGAUAUGUAUUGGGGUGCCGUAUUACCACUGGCGCACCGCGCUGCGUCAGUGUCCUGGCUUCUAUACGGUGAAAACCUGCGGCUGUAUCCUGUAUGGAGAAGUCAAAUACCGCCACUUCGGCGGAAGUUACGACUGGGUCUGUCAUUACGCCGUGUUUGCCCCUCUGCCGCUUAUACCGUAUGCUGUGAUAAUGGCACUAUUCCACAUGUAUAGAGUGUGCACCAAUAAAGUUGGACAGUAUGAAAAUAAAAAUACAAGAAAUAUGAAAGAAAUAAUCAGUGAGAAAAACGACGGAGCCAUACACUUAGUUCAAUCUAAGGCCAUACAUUGCUGGGUCCCAUCUACGGUUGUUGCGUGCAUAUUCGCCAUCUACAACUUUGUACACGCCUCCAUCCUAACUGAUGGCUAUCUGACUACUUGUAAUCAGUAUAGAGGAUAUCUAGCCACGAAAUUCGAUGAAUCAGGAGACUAUGCCACCGCCAUCCACUUCCGUCUGACGUGUCAGGCAAUUUUCGACUUUAUAGACUACAUAGAGAAGGAUCCUUAUGUCGAAGAUCAAUCCACAGUGGAUAUCAUCCACACCGGUUUGGCGCUGCAGUCUGCUAUCAUCACCGCUUGGCUCGCAGUGGCGCUGUGGAUCAUCGUCGCGAUCACGCCCAAGGCCAGUACGAUGAGCCCUUGUGUUUGCCUUGUGUCUGUGGUAUGUUUGCAGUGCAGAAAGGAAACAUUCGAAUAACAUUCUGUAUAAAAAGAAAUGAAUCAAAACAAAACAUUAUGAAUGUUAUUAGGUAUUGUUUUAAACCAAAUGAUAAGAAUGUAUAUAUAAUCGAAUA